CUUUUUUCUUUUUCUUUUCUAUCUACCUUCCUCCUGGCAUCAUCGGACUCCAGCUAUUCUUCUUUCAGCCUUGGCGUCUUUGGCCAGAAAUUGCUUCUUCCGGCUCAGUUUGGGCACCUCGCACUAUUGAAUCAGACACCACGCCGAGGCCUACUGAAGCUUGCCGUUUCUUUCCCUAGAUCGAGUGCAACGGUUUCUGUUUGGCUCCUACAGCCGAACGCGGGCCAUCGCGCGACCUGCCGAAAGAUAAGGUAG